AGCCAGCACACCACAGCACCAGCACCACACGUCUGCGACAUUGCCCGGGCUGGCAGCAUUCGACCGCAUCUGUCCGCUCAAUAUUGUUCAAAUGGAUCAUACACCACUCAUCUCGCUGUUAUUUACAUCUUAGCGCUCAUUGCGGCAUCGCUCUGAUAUUAGUCCCAUCCUCCGAACAGCCUACCCAUUGCACACUCGUUCGCGGCCGGUUCCCUCGUCCCUGUCCUCAGGCUGCCUUGCGAUCUCAGCACCUCUAAGAUUGUCACCGAUGACUCGGCGCAGCACAUCACAAACUCCCGCAGAGUGAUUCGUGCUGUUGGCAUUUGAGGGAUCUCGAAUAUGCCCAGCGACCUCCAGAGCCGACUCUGCGUUGACUCCGCCCUCUCACCUCCCGAUCGCAUAUUCCAACAGCUGCGCUGACCAUGGCCAGCUACCACCAAAAUGGGCAGCCUUACUACCCGUCCGGCAACCACCCUUCGUCCGGCCAGAAUAGUGGCCAUGUUCCCUACGGCUCACCAUCCAUAUAUCCUCCAAGGCCUCUAGAGCGCUCGCCGAGUUUCGAUGCGGGAGACGACGAAAGGUACUUCGAUGGAGAAGAGCAGCCGCGCGGAACACAAAGACACAACUCAUAUGCUCCACCGCUCACAGGAGCGGCCGCGAGCCCUCCAGUGAAUCGAGCUAUGUCGGCGAGCGUGCAAUCCUCGGCCACGAUGCCAUUCCGGACAAAUACCCAACAUGCAGCAUUGGGCGGGUACCAGCAUCAAUAUCAGUCUGCGGUGCCCGCUCACGCACCGUACAAUCCCGCUCAGUAUCAUCAACAGCAGCAGCAGCAGCAGGCCUCUUACAAUCCACAACUCUAUGCAGCUCCCCAAUCUGCCCAUCCCACAAGCACCUAUCAGCCGUAUGUCCCGGCUGCGUACGGCGACCAGAACCUCACUCGUCGCACCUCUGUCUACAACAGCUACGGAUCCUACGAUGCGAACUCUCAAUAUAACUACUCUUCAUCCCAACCGCUCCCGCCACCUCCUCGGUCUGAGGCAGUCGCAUUUCCCAACCCACAAGCCUACGGUGCGUACCAGCACGAUAUAUCCCAGCAAUACCCUGUCCAACAUUACGGAGCCUCGUCGACUUAUUCUCCUCCAGCGCCUGCGCCACCGCCGCACGGAAGGACGUCAAGCAUACCAGAAGAGACAUAUACCUAUCCUACGGGCUCGUCGGCGACUUACCCAAACGCAACCCUCACGGCUUAUUCGUCUCCUGACAUCAACCGCAAUUCGUCAUUUGCGAGCCGCAUGAGCAACCAAUCUGCUUCACCUCAACCCUCCAUUCCUACGCCGCCGAGCAGACAACCUUCCAACAGGUCCCCUCAGCGUAUGGGUACUCUCGACCGUCAUCCCCAGGGCAGAUCACUUCCAGGCCUUCCGUCAGAGCCAGAGCCAGACAGUGACUAUUUCAACUCUACAGGAUCGCGGAAUAGUGGAGCCCGCAACACUGCUUCGACAGGCUAUGAUGAUUUGAUGCAAGAUCUUGACGAGGCGAUAGGACAAACCUCGAGACAUACAAGGUCAGGCAGCGACUACAGACACCGCAAUUCGAGGGACGAGCGACCAGAUGCCAUGUUCCAACAGGCAUCGCCCAGACCACAACUUUCUCCAGACGAGGCGCCAACGCAUCUCAAUGGGAAUAUCGCCUCCACCGGAGAUGCCUACAUCAACUAUGGAGCCUUCACCGACGACAGUGACGCUGAGGCUGCUGCCGGGCUCGCUGCCAUGCAAGCCCUGGAUGAACAAGAAAGGGCAGAAGAUGCGCGCCGGCGUAGUGGUUCGGCUACCCUCUUUCCAAGCCAGCCACGUGCGGAUGAAGCGGCCGCCAGACUUUCGUCCCAGGAGCAGAGCAGCGAUAGCGAUUAUGCCGGUUACGGUGAUUUAAGUCUCGCUGGUGGAGGGUAUGCGCCUGACAUGACUUAUGGCGAAACUGUUGUGUCCAACUAUGCGGCUGCCGCAACGGCCAUGCCGCAAAGUGAGCUCUAUGGGCGAUUGAACACCAGAAUGAGUUCAGUGCGUAGCUCUGGCGUCUCCUCGGAGGGAAGGGAGUCACAGACGAGCGGGUUUGAGUCGAUCCCGCCACUAGAGAGCGUUCAUCCCUUCUCUUCUACGCCUAAUGUUGCUCGCGUGGACACCGGGGGCACAGGAGGUCUGACAGAACCCAGCCCGCACCCCAGGCGGUUGAGCUACGAAGACGGAGACGAAUCGACCAUGAUUGAGGCAGAAACUAACCGGACUUCGGCAAGCUCAAGUCCAUCACGAGAAGAAAUGCCGGACCUCUUCUUCCACCCUGGCAUGAGCCAGCAGCGUCCACUUCCACCUCCCCCUUCGCUCUCAGACUCGGCGCUGCGAAUACCACAUCUGAUGCCUGCCGGUACUUACACUCAACAAAGUCGAUUCUCCCAAUACACUGAUCCAAAUUCACGCACGUAUCCUACCGCGCCAGAUGCCUAUCCCAACGCACUACUGAGUCCGGCAAGUGUUCCUCGAUCUACGUCGUUGUCCUCUACACGAAGUGCCCCUAGGGCCGAACAGGUUAACCGCUCGAAAACAGAUGCAGACCGUCAAAGGCUUUUACGGCAGCAGGGGAGACCGAUGUCGGACCUGUAUGACAUUUCCAGUCCGCAAUCUGCGGUAGCACUGGAUCUUCCAGCUAUUCCACGGAAGCGGUACAACCCAUCCAAACUGACGGCUGAUCAAUUUAAGAAAUGUUCGGAACCUUGGGCACUGAGCUCGAUCUUGGCAUGGAUCAGAGAGCUGGCUGAGGAAGAAGUCGAUCUGAAGGAAAAUAACAUUGUUGAAGGCAUUGUUGCACUUUUCAUGAAUAAGGUGCCAACAAUGUACAUUACAGAGGCUGAAUCUUUGGGAGAACGAGUGGUCAAAGAAAUGUUGGAUGCAAAUGCUCUCGUGAGAGAGGAGGAAUGGGUCAAGUUUGGGCCUGGAACGACGUCCGGCGUGCUAUAUCAGCUGACAGGCACCGGAUGUUACUCUUCGAAAUUGCACUUGUACCAUACCCGUGGGCGAUGUUACUCUUAUCACUGCAUGCGGACUCUCAAGAAACUCGAUCUCGACAGCCUCCCAGUUGAGAAGAAGUCUGAAGAUUGGGCAACAUUCUACAAGCUCAAGAAGGAGGACGUCGAAACGCACGACAGGAAAGAAAUUGAGCGCCAAAAUGUCCUGCACGAAAUUGUCACCAGUGAGGACCUUUACAUUAGCCAGCUGGAUGUGCUCAGAGUUCUUUACCGAGAUCGGCUUUCUGGGGCGCAACCGCCUAUUAUACCUACCAAGAAAUUGCCGACAUUCCUCAGAGAAGUGUUUGGCGGCGUGGACAAGGUCAAGAAAGUCAACCAAGACUACCUCCUAGGCCAGCUCAAGUAUCGACAGACCGAGCAGGGGCCCUGGAUCGUUGGCUUCAGCGACAUCUUCCGUGAAUGGAUUCGAAAAGCGAGGCCUGUGUAUGUGGAGUACGCUUCGAACUUUCCUCGAGCGGAUUACCUCAUGCGGCGUGAAGCCGAACGAAACAUUCCCUUCAAAAACUUCCUUGACCAGGCCCGCGAGGAUAAGCGAUCAAACAGACUAGGAUGGGAUAAUUACUUGAAGGCCCCAAUUACCAGGCUGCAACGCUACAGCCUGUUACUUUCUACUGUCCAAAAGAACAUGUUGAAAGACUCCGAGGAGAAAGCCAACUUGGCCUAUGCUUUGGACGAGAUUCGAGCGGCCACUUUCGAAUGUGAUUCCAAGUUUGCGGAAAUGACCAAGAAGAUGGAAUUGAUCGAAAUGCAAACCAAAUUGAGGCUUCGACCACCAAUGGAGAAGGAAGUUGAACUAAAUCUCGAUCAUCUAGGGAGAGAAAUUAUCUUCCGGGGCGACUUGCAGCGUGCUGGAGGCAAAGGCUUUCAAUGGGUCGAAACGCACGCUAUUCUUUUCGAUCACUAUCUGGUCCUAGCGAAGCCUCUCAGCCGUGAUCGCAGGGAGGGAUAUUACGACGUCUCAAAAGUCCCGAUACCGAUGGAUUUGCUUGUCCUUGAGAGCUCUAACGACCCUGCAGUGGUGAAGUCUUCGAUGAAAGGGAUCGGAGCGGUCACCACAACUGUUGCACCCCGAGGCCAAGUAACGCCUGAUAAUCGACUUACAAGAGCGCAGUCCACUGCUAGUGGCGGAACUCCCGGUCCAUUGACACAUACAAAUACCAGUCUCUCGAUAGGAUCUGGCAAUGCAAGCCAGAGCAUGGUUCCCAUCACUACACUGGAGUCGAGCAGUUCCAAAGAGGAGAAAAUCAUGUACCCUUUCCGUGUCAAGCACCUUGGCAAGACCGAAACCUACACGCUCUACGCACCUAGUGCUCAAAAUCGGCAGGACUGGUGCGAGGCUAUAAUUCAGGCUAAAACAAGGCAUGCUGAGGCAUUGUAUUCUCAAAAUGCCGAGCCAUUCAAGCUGCGAGUACUGGCGGACACUGCAUUCGGCUAUGAGGGCAUUACGUAUCCCGCGAAGCGGAUCCUCAUCAAGGGAACCCCCUUGGACAGGGCUAUUCGAGAAGCCGAGAAGAAGUUUGAAGGCCAGGGCCGACCUGCACCGGUUUGCCGGGCUCCUGUCAACUGCGCCACAGUAUUCAACCAGCCAUACGGUCGGCUUAUGUGCGCGAUUGGAACCGACUACGGCGUGUACAUCUCCGAGUAUCAAAAUUCUCGGGGGUGGGUCAGGGCUAUUCAAAUGCAACGAGUGACUCAAAUCGCAGUACUAGAAGAGUUCAACCUCUUUUUGCUCAUAUCAGACAAGGCUCUUAUUGCGUACCAUCUCGACGUUGUUUGUCCGCCCACGGGCAAUCCAGUCGCCCAAAAUGACUCCUCGAGCCGGAAAGCGCCGCAGAAGUUGUCUGGCUCCAAGGAUAUUGGCUUCUUCGUGACAGGCAGGAUGAAAGAGCGGACACUGGUGUUCUACAAGAAGAGGGAUGGUAUAGCAUCCACGUUCAAGGUCCUCGAACCUGUCCUUCAAAAGAGCACUACUAGCCGAUCACGGUUCUUGCCCUCGGCGUCACGGCGAGGGCAGACAGAAUUCUUCCGAGAGUAUGACGAGUUUUAUAUUCCCGCCGAAUGCUACGGAUUGAACUUGUUCCAGUCGAGCUUGGCCAUAUCGACUGCAAGGGGGGUGGAAGUGCUGACCUUGGAGAAAAAACAAACAUGGAGUGUGCCGAACCUGCGAAGCGAUCAGCCAGAGACACAAGCCCAUCUUAGUUCUAUUGCAACUCGGAUCAAAGACCUUAAGCCACUGGGGAUGUUUCGGCUUGGAGAAGCGGAGUUCUUGGUUACCUUCGAAGAAUGUGCCGUCUAUGUUAACAAACAUGGAGAUAUUUCAAGGGGAGUAGUGAUGGAAUUCGUGGGUCGAGCCAAAGCAGCAUCUCUCUACAACCAGUAUCUGAUCUUGGUUGACGACGACUUUGUGGAGAUACGGGACGCCCAAAACGGCCGGCUGAAGCAAGUGAUCGCAGGGAAAGACAUCAAAUUGCUCGACGACGGCGGUGGCGGCUCAGGAGGAGCUCAAACGCAGACUCAGGCCAUGUUAGGAGGCGGAAUUAAUGGACUCGGUCUCAAGAACUUUGGAAAUGCCCCGCGAACGCCGAAGAUCGUCUUGCAGCAUCCCGAGUACGAAAAGAGCCACGUCGUCGUUGAAUUGUUGUUGACCACCGACCCGGCUUGAGAUCAGCAGCGGCGCUUCUUGGAUAACGGGGCUUAGGCAGGGGGCCAUGUUCUACCUCAUUGUGCAGCAAUGGUGAUUUGGAGGGUUUCCGGGUGUUUCAGGAGGCGGACAAAGGAUGGGACGUUCAUGACUGAAUGAAAUAGGUACGAGUCCUGGUCACUGGCGCCUGAUGUUGGUCAUGAGCGAGCGUGGGCUUUCCUCCCGGGUUAUAUGAUGGUGGAAGAUAUGGAUUGGCAGAUCUUGCAUAUAAUUAGUUAUGCUAGAGAAAUGAGUCUCGAUAUUGUUCAUGGCGAUGGGAGAUCUCUUCCAAUGUCUUCCGGUGUCAGUCUCGCAGUGUACGUAGAUUG